AUCCUAGUGUAUUGUUAUCAGUUCUUGCUCAAAUACUCUUAUAAAUUAGCAUUAAAUUAAUAUUUUUUCCAUUUGUCACAUUUGUGACAUCUUGAUAAUAAGAUACAAAUUAAUCAGAAUUGUUUGCAUGAUUGAGUUUAUACUUUUGUACAUACAGAAUGAAUGUUAAUUAAUACAUUAUCUUAUGUACCUACAAAAUUUAUUAAAUACAUUUGUUAUUAUUCUGAUAUGUGGAUAGGGUGACAAUAAUAAGUCAUAAGUGACAAGUCACAAAAUUCAAAAUAUGCCGUAAACGAAUUGUAUGAAGUAUUUUGCCUACACCCAUGUUGUAGUUUAAUCUAAAACUGAUAGUACUUACUUCCGGUUCCAUUUCAUUGUAAACCAUUUCCAUAACAUCAGUGUGAAAAUUUAUAUAAUUUGUGGUAAAUGUUAAAUUCGAGGCAUUACAAUAUGAUGAUGUUGCACGUAUCGGAACUUUAUCCAAAUUAUCAAAUAAGAAGAAAUUAUUUUUUAAAAGAAGAUACAAUUAGACAAAAUAAAGAAGAGCAAACAAUAGAAGAAAACCCUUCUUCAGUUGAAAAACAAAAGAAUACUGAUUUAGAAGUAUUGUUAUUUGAUAUGAGCCCAAGGGAAAAGUGUCACAGAGAAAACACUUUGAACACCAAGUGUCGCACGCUAGAAAAUGUACACCUCACCCCACACCGUUAGCUGUAGAUUUAGAAUUCCUAGUCACGACACACUUAGGAUCCUUGAACAAAAUAUUUUUAUACUUUUGUAAAUGUAAACUAAGAGAAUAAAACAUAUGCAUUACAAAAUUUAGAUUUUUGCCGCUUUAGGGAAUGACUGUGACUUCUGGAAGCAUCACUAUUAAAAAAGACGCCAAUAAUUUAAUUGGGAUAAGCAUCGGUGGGGGAGCCCCACUGUGCCCUUGUUUAUACAUUGUUCAAAUUUUUGAUAACACUGCUGCAAGUCGAGAUGGGACUCUACAAUCUGGAGACGAACUUGUCUCAGUAAAUGGACAAUCAGUCAAGGGCAAAACUAAAGUCGAAGUAGCUAAAAUGAUCCAAGCUGCGAAAGACGAAGUUGUGAUCAAUUACAAUAAACUGCACGCCGAUCCCCAACAAGGCAAGAGUUUGGACAUUGUAUUGAAAAAAAUGAAACAUCGUCUAGUCGAAAACAUGAGUUCUUCUACUGCUGACGCAUUAGGUCUUUCACGGGCAAUUCUGUGCAACGACACCUUAGUUAAAAAAUUACAAGAGUUACAGCACACCGAAUUGAUGUAUCGAGGACUGGUCGAUCACUCUAAACGAGUAUUACAAGCCCAUGUUGAACUUCAACAAGCAAUCAAAGCAAUGGGUGACGUUUUUGCCGGUUUGGCUGUAAGAGAACCCCAACCACGAGCAAGUGAAGCUUUUAGAGUUUUUGGUGAGCAGCAUCGUAGUAUGGAGAAAUUUGGCCAGGAUAUGGUAAAAAAAGUGAAACCAGUCUUAGCCGAUAUGGGCACAUAUUUGUAUAAGGCGAUUCCAGACACGAGAUUAACUGUCAAAAAAUAUGCAGAUGCCAAAUUUGAAUACUUGGCUUAUUGUUUGAAAGUCAAAGAGAUGGAUGACGAGGAAUGUAGUUAUGCAGCUUUGCAAGAACCAUUAUACAGAGUUGAAACUGGAAACUAUGAAUACAGACUAAUUUUACGUUGCCGCCAGUUGGCAAGAGCCCGAUUUGCCAAACUUCGAUCUGACGUCCUCGUAAAAAUGGAACUUUUAGACAACAAACACGUCCAAUCUUUAGGAGGCCACCUUACAAAACUAAUUAAAGGAUUGUCAGAAGUGCAUUCCAAAGCAUUAGAGUUAUUAUCAGGCCCUGCCCUUUUCCCAGUUGAAGUCGACCUCUCAAAUAGUGCCUUUCAAUACAAAUCAACUACUCCCGUAGUCCAGCAAGAAGUCGAUGAGGAAGAACAAGAAAUCGAAAACGGUGAAGAGGUGCACGAAAUUGAAGAAAAUCUCUUGAGUAAUUUAGUUGAUACAAGACUUGAUGGUAUCACCGAAAACGACCCACUCAUUCCCGGUUUAGAUCGACAGCAAACCGAGCCAAACUACAACGAAAUGGACAAUUUGACUCUACUUUCUUCAUUAAAUAUAAACGGGGCACCAAAGGACGACACAGACGGUCCAUUACUUCCAGAUCUAAACGAAUAAAAAGUGCACACGUUAUGUAAAUUAAUCUCAAUGUAAUUUCAUAAAAAUCAAUAAAAAAUUGUCAG